AUGGUCUGGGAGCACACAGGACAGCUCAUUCCAACUAGAGAUGUGGAUGAGUGGUUGAACAUUGUCAUGAGUAAAGUUUGCUUUUACCUUACAGUCAAAGCUGAUAUGUUGAAGGACAAGAUCAAUACUCUCCUUGUGGCUGAAGCCGCUGUUACACCCACAUUCAACCCCUUCCUUCCACUCGCCCAACAGUGUGACACGAUGAUCCAAGAAGCUACCCUCCAUUCACCCACCCAUUUCACGGCAGAUCCCUUCAUUGCCGUUAUAAAACAAUUUCUCCCACUGUCAAAGACAAGCAAACUGGACCUCAUGCUGAAGACUAACCUGACUAACACUGGCUGCCAAAUUGCCAUGAUGAUGCCAGGACCUCACGGGAAGAGACUGAACGACCUGGACAGGUUGAAGACUGCGGCCAUGACUGCUUUGGGGCACCACGUUCCUCCAGAUAUGCUGGUUGAGCCCGCUGUGCCCAAAGUCAUGCAAAAAAGAAAGUUGGAAAGUGCUGAGUUGGAGACCAACAAGGAGGCACCCUUGACGAUAGUGUUUAAAGGUUCAGUUCAGUCCGGUUUUUUGCCCUGA